CAGUCGCCAACUGUAAUCGAAAGUAUAGAUAGUGGAGCUAUUAAACAGACUGUGGUUUCGGAUUGUUCAUUUGUUGCAUCGCUUGCAAUUUCUGCUCGGUAUGAACGUAGAUUUGGCAAACGUUUAGUCACUAGCAUUAUAUAUCCUCAAAGUAAAAAUGGAACUCCAGUUUAUAACCCCUGUGGGAAGUAUAUGGUUAAGCUACACAUUAAUGGUUGUUGGAGGAAGGUUGUAAUUGAUGAUCGGUUUCCAAUUGGAGAAUAUAAUGAAUUUCUUUGUUCAUACAGUCAAAAAAAAAAUGAACUAUGGGUUUCUUUACUGGAAAAAGCAUACAUGAAAGUGAUGGGAGGAUAUGAUUUUCCAGGUUCCAAUUCGAGCAUAGAUAUGAAUGCACUAACAGGAUGGAUUCCCGAAAGAAUACCUAUAAAGAAAGACUCGAGUCUGCUAGAAGCCAGAAAAAUUUUCGAGAAGUUAAUAACUAGGUUUCAACAGGGUCACUGUUUAAUAAGUCUUGCUACUGGUAAAAUGGAUGUGCUUGAUGCACAGAGAGCAGGUUUAGUAGACUGUCACGCGUAUGCUGUUCUGGAUCUUCGUGAAGUUUUAGGUAAAAGACUUCUAUUACUAAAGAAUCCUUGGACGCACUUAAGGUGGAAAGGAAAUUAUUCAGAAAAAGAUACUAUUAACUGGACGCCUGAGCUCUGUAAAGCCCUCAAUUACUCUCCCUCAGAUGCCCAGCAGUUUGAUGACGGUAACCUCGAGAAAGAAAGGAGGAAAAAAUCGUCAAGGAAAAAAAAAAGCAUAAACAACUCCACUAUCUAUACUUUCGAUUACAGUUGGCGACUG